UUAAUCAAGAUGAAGUUUGGUCCAAAAUGUACGUGCAAUAUGAAAAGUGACAAGGGACACCUGUUAGUUCGGAGAGCGCCGACAGAGCAAUAUAGUCAGGCCAUUAUGCAGGAAAAGUGCCCGCUUUGCCAAGCACCCUUUUUCAGAUCAGCAGUAUUUACAAGUAGCAGUAGCUCUAGUCUUCUUGGAAUUCGUCACAUCCCAGCAUUGACUGACCGUCGCCAUUAAACCCUCGAUUCGAAAAUGCCAGUCCAAAAAUACGACACCAUCGGAGAUUCCUACAAUGACGUCGCCCAAAUCACCACAGGCAAGCUCCAACUAGCAGCCAUACAAUCCCUAAUCGGCGACGUCAAAGGACUCACCAUCCUCGAACUAGCCUGUGGGCCAGGAUUCUACUGCCGAAAGGCCAUCUCAUGGGGUGCCAACCACGCCACGGGAAUAGACAUAUCCCCAAGGAUGAUCGAAGCAGCACGCAGCAGCGCAAAAGGGGACAGGCGAAUUGAAUUCCACAUCGCAGAUUGUAGCCAGCCAUUGAACGUCAACGUGGGACAAUUCGACCUCGUCCUGGCACCAUGGUUACUAAACUACGCCCGAAACGAGCAAGAGCUUAUAGGCAUGUGGCGCAACAUCUAUCACAGCUUGAAGCCCGGGGGUAAGGUGAUUGGGAUUAGUCCGAACCUGGAUCUACUGGAUGAUGGCCCUGCGGCGUUUCCUCGGGAGCGGCGUUUCGGGCAGGAUUUGGAAGUGCUGGGUCCGAUUGAGGAUGGGGGAUUGGAGGUUCGGGCGACUUUGUAUACGUCCACGCCUUUUUCUUUUACUAAUUAUUAUCUGCCGAGGGUGCUGUACGAGAGAUCGAGUUUGUUGGCUGGUUUGCGUGGUUUUCGGUGGACGUCUUUUACUGAUGAUGUCCUUGUGGGUGAUGUGGAUUGGGAUGCGUUUUUGACGUGUCCUCCUUUCUUGACUUUUACGGCCGCGCGGCCUUUGGAUGUCUUGAAAUGAGGUUGUUAACUGGCUUUAUUUUUGGUUGGGGAGGAGGAGAAGGGGGGAAGAAGGUAUAUUGUAUCUGGAUAUCUGGUACAUGUACUAUAAUUGCCAUUAUCAUUA